AUGUGGUUUGUCGCGCUUCAGGUUUGGCAACCGUCAGGUCGACCCCAAGGGAUUUUGAACAUUGGGGUGGCAUUGCUUGAUAGUUCAAUGAGGAGCAUGCCAUUGUAUUUGCAAAUGGGGUCGUCGGCGGUGGGAUACCAACAUUUAAUUGGCGAGGAAGAUCCAUUUCAAAACUCCAUUGUCAACCCUGUUUCAAGCACUAGCAAAAGCAAUAAGUAUCAGCUUUUGGUUAAUGGGUUGCUGAAACCCGAUCUUCGACGAACCAAGAGUGAUUCGAGUUCCAUUUUAAAAUUAGAUUUAAGGCCGCCUGGGAAAUCCACUAAACGGUCCUCCAUUGUCGAUGGCAGAUCAAUGGUUAAUGGAACAGAAAUUGGAAAAAACAACAAUAAGCUUAAUUCAAGAGGGAGUUCAAUGGUAAAUUACAUUCCCAAGAAGGGAAAAUCUAGUUCGAUGGUUAACGGAUCGAAAGCCUUUGAAAAAAAUAUCAAGAUUAAUUCAAGAGGGAGUUCCAUGGUAAAUUAUGUGUUUGAAAAAACUAGUAAGAAAGGAAAACAAAAUUCUGCAGCACCACCUGGUAAGUCACCGACUGGGAUGAGAUUCACCAGGUUGGGUUGCGGGGUACCGAGAAAACUAGGUGGGUCAACAAUUUGGACAGAUUCAGAACUGGGUCCAUCGCCAUCAGAAGUGGCGGCAGCGGUGGCUAAAAAUUUGCAACAUAAAAGAAUGGAAGAGGCGGAGAGUUCAUUGGCUGAUGGGUGGAGUUUAGAUGAAAGCAUCGAAGGGCUUCGGUCGAAGCUCGAAAGGUGGAGAACCGCACUGCCACCAUUGUAUGAUCGAGGUGAUUUUCUGGGUUAUCUUUCCAGCGAAAUUCCGACUACAUCGACGACCAAGCACACAAGGAAUGUGCCAUUUCCAUAA